AUCAUUUAUCUCCUCGCUUCCCUUCCCCAUUCUCGCCACCACCGUCGUCGACGUUACAGAGAUGCCGUCGCGUUCACACGCCGAUCUCCUUUCUCUUGUUUCUCCGCCGCCGCAGCAAUCUCCUCGCCUCCCCCGCAUCUUGACGGUACCAGGCGUCCUCUCCGACUUCGAAGCCGACCCCUCGACCGCCAAUCCCAUCGCCCCUUACUCUCCAACCCAGCGCCGAAUCAUCGUAACCAACCAUCUCCCCAUCCGCGCCCACCGCCACCCCUCCUCCGCCCAGUGGUCCUUCUCUUGGGACACCGACGCCCUCGCCUUUCACCUCCGUUCCGGCCUCCCGUCCGCGGCCUCGAUCAUCCACGUCGGCACCCUCCGCGCCGACAUCGACCCAUCGGAUCACGAUUCCGUCUCUCAACUCCUUUCCGAGGAAUUCAAUUGCGUCCCCGUCUUCCUCCCCCCUGAUCUCCACCAACGAUUCUAUCACGGCUUCUGCAAACGCUAUCUUUGGCCUCUUCUCCACUACCUGCUCCCCUUGUCCACUGCCUCUCUCGCCGGGCUUCGCUUUGACCGCCGCCUCUGGCUCGCCUAUCUCUCCGCCAACAAGCUAUUCGCUGACAGAAUCACAGAAAUCCUCUCUUCUGACGACGACUUUGUCUGGGCCCAUGACUACCACCUUCUUGCCCUCCCCACCUUCCUCCGCAAACGCUUCCCCCGCAUAAAGCUCGGAUUUUUCCUCCAUUCCCCUUUCCCCUCCUCCGAAAUCUUUCGCACGUUACCAGUUCGAGAAGAGCUCCUUAGGGCUCUCCUCAACGCUGACCUCCUCGGUUUCCAUACCUUCGAUUACGCCCGCCAUUUCCUCUCCUGCUGCUCUCGUCUCCUCGGCAUCGACUACGAGUCCAAGCGUGGAUACAUUAUGUUGGACUAUUACGGUCGAACCGUCACAGUCAAAAUCCUCCCCGUUGGCGUCCACAUGGGACAGCUCCAAGCGACGAUCAACUCGACCGAAACCAAAUCCAAGAUCCAAGAUUUGAUGACCACAUUCAAAGAUAAGAUCUUACUUCUUGGGCGUGAUGAUAUGGACAUAUUCAAAGGCAUCAGCUUGAAAUUUCUGGCAAUGGAGCAACUACUAAAGGAGCAUCCGAAGCUCCGUGGCCAAGCCGUGCUGAUACAGAUUGCCAACCCAGCUAGGAGCCAAGGUAAGGACAUUCAGGAGAUGCAGGAAGAAGCCCAUUCAAUCGUGAAAAGAAUCAACGAGAAAUUUGGAUCUCCUGGAUACUCCCCCAUUCUGUUGCUUGAUGGCGGGUCUCUUCAAACCUAUGAGAAGAUUGCUUAUUAUGCUGUUGCCGAAUGCUGCGUCGUCAAUCCUGUUAGAGAUGGAAUGAAUCUGGUUCCUUAUGAAUACACAGUUUGUCGUCAGGGCAGCAAGGCAUUUGAGGAUAUGCCCAAGAAGAGUAUGAUUGUAGUAUCUGAAUUCAUUGGGUGUUCUCCAUCCUUAAGUGGAGCAAUCAGAGUUAACCCUUGGAAUAUCGAUUCGAUGGCGGAGGCAAUGAACUUGGCAAUCUCCAUGCCUGAAGCUGAGAAGCAACUGAGACAUGAGAAGCACUACAAAUAUGUGAGUUCCCAUGAUAUUUCCUACUGGGCAAGGUCUUUUGAUCAGGAUUUGCAGAGGUCUUGUAAGGAUCAUUUCAUGAAAAGGUGCUGGGGAAUUGGAUUUGGAUUGAACUUCAGGGUUGUUGCAUUGGGGCCUAACUUCAGGAAGCUUUCAGUGGAGCAUAUAGUUUCUGCUUAUAGGAGGACAACCAGUAGGCUAAUAUUGUUGGACUAUGAUGGGACUAUGAUGCCAAAUAGCUCUAUUGUUAAGACUCCAAGUAAGGAGGUUAUAGAGAUUCUGAAUGAUUUGUGUUCAGAUGAGAAAAAUGUUGUUUUUUUGGUUAGUGGCAGAGGGAAAGAUUCAUUAAGCAAGUGGUUUGAAGCUUGUGAGAAGUUAGGGAUCUCUGCUGAGCAUGGAUACUUUACAAGGUGGAACAGAGAUUCGCCAUGGGAAUCCUGUCAAUUAGCUACUGAGUUUGAAUGGAAAAGGAUUGCUGAGCCAGUGAUGAAGCUUUACACAGAAACAACUGAUGGUUCAUACAUUGAGCAGAAGGAAAGUGCUCUUGUGUGGCAUCAUCAGGACGCCGAUCCGGAUUUUGGGUCUUGUCAAGCAAAAGAACUCUUAGACCACCUUGAGAAUGUGCUUGCUAAUGAGCCUGUGGUUGUUAAGAGAGGCCAACACAUUGUAGAAGUGAAGCCUCAGGGAGUAAGUAAGGGGAUAGUUGCAAGGAAUCUCAUCUCAAUCAUGUCGAGUAGAGGAAAACCACCAGACUUUGUGCUUUGCAUCGGCGAUGAUCGAUCCGAUGAAGACAUGUUUGAAACCAUCAUGGAUUCUCCUAAAAAUCCUUCCUUGCCUGUGAUUUCUGAAGUGUUUGCAUGCACAGUUGGGAACAAACCAAGCAAGGCAAAGUACUACCUUGAUGACACAGUUGAAGUCAUUAAAUUGCUUGAAGGUCUAGUGGCCCCUUCCUCACUACCAUCAAAAAGACCUUUUCUUCAAGCUUCAUUUGAAGGUUCUCUGACAUGGAAAAUUUAGAGAAGAUCUACUCUGGGAGUUGGCUUAAGCUGAGAAUAAAGAAAGAUUACAGCCAUAAGAUUUCAAAAAUAGAGUUAAAUGAGAAUUUAGGACAGCAAAGAAGAAAGCACAGAUAUGGCCAUCUGUUUCAUAUUCUUUAAUACUGACACAGCUUCAUAGUGUGUAGAUAACAGGAAAUCAAAUGUUUUUGUUUCUAAUUUCUUCUGCUUAUUUGUAGAUACAUUUACAUUCCUUCCAUUCAACAGAAAUUGCAGCAUCUCUUCUAUUCUGGAUUUCAAUUUA